GCCUGGUGGAACAGGUUCUGCGGUGAUAGUCGCUUAGCGUGUGUAGGAGCGCCACAGAGCCAGCAUUUAUGCGAAACGGUUCCGAGAGACAGAGGGAGUUUCCGCUAGCAUGGCCGACGUGUACAAGGAAGCUGAUCAGCUGUUCGACGAGUACCAGUUCCGGAACUGCCACGAGUUGCUCUUGAAACAAACGGAUCGAGGGUUCGAAACGCUUUGGCGGCUGUGUCGUGUGGUUUACUCGCUUUCCCGCGAACUGGUUUCGGAUCCGGGCAAGGCGAAACAGUUCGCAGCGUGCAUCCUUGAGGGAUACGGGUACGCCGUCCGGGCGCUCGAGACGAGCCCGGACGCAUCGGCAGCCCACAAGUACUACGCAAUAUUUCUGGCCGAAAAGUCCGGCAUCGAGGGCUUGAGGCAACGUGUGCUGCAGUUAAGCACGAUACUGGGCCACCUGAAGAGGGCCACCGAGCUAAACCCCGCCGAACCGUUCGGGUGGUUCCUGCUCGGUCGAUUCUACUACAAGCUGGCGGAGCUGCCCUGGUUUCAGCGGAAACUAAUUCACACCUUCACCACGGACAUUCCGGACGCCACGUUCGCGGAUGCGCUCCAAUGUUUCGAGCGGGCCGAACAGGUGGCCGCGAAUUUUUUCGCCCUCAACCACCUGCUGCUCGGACAGGCGUACCUCGCCGUGAAGGAUGUGAAAAGUGCCAAGCAUUACCUCGAGCUGGCCGCCAAUCAGACGGCACCACGCACUGCGGAUGAUCUCGAAGCUCAACGGGAAGCGAAGGCGAUUCUUCGGACCUUGUAACACUCGAGGAUCGAGGAAUUUGUAGCCAAUUGAUCAAUCUGUAAUGUAAUGUAA